AUGCGACUGCCAAGGGCCAUUGCUGUGGUCGUUGGGCUCGGCUCGCUUGCACCCACGCUCGCGGGAGCACAGGGAGAGACCAAGAUCCACGAGAAGGGUCGCUGCGCCAUUCGUGGUCAUUGUGGGAAGCAAUCUAUUUUCGGUGGAGAGCUUCCCUGCCCCGACAACGACCUAGCGCAGCAACCCGAGGACUCCGUACGCGAGAAAUUGGUAAACCUGUGCGGGAGCAAAUGGAAUGAAGGCCCGAUCUGCUGUCGCGAUGAACAGAUCGAUGCGCUUGGGCGGAACCUCAAACUUGCCGAAGGAAUCAUCGCGUCAUGUCCUGCCUGCCGAGACAACUUCUUCAACAUAUUUUGUACAUUCACAUGCUCGCCGGAUCAAUCGUUAUUUGUCAAUGUCACGAAAACGGAAGAGAACAGCUCUGGCAAGCGAUUGGUGACCGAAAUUGACAACAUCUGGUCUGAGGAAUAUCAAAGCGGAUUCUACGACAGUUGCAAAAAUGUCAAGAACGGUGCAUCGGGUGGUAAAGCUAUAGACUUCAUUGGUGGUGGCGCAAAAGACUACACACAGUUUAUGAAGUUCUUGGGCGAUAAGAAGUUCCUUGGAAGUCCGUUCCAAAUUAACUACCACACAGAGCCCACUGGCCCCGAUCCGCAAGGCAUGGAGGCUCUGCCAAUGAGUCCAAAGGCCUGCAAUGAUCCAGACAAGAACUUCCGUUGUUCCUGUGUCGAUUGCCCCGAUGUCUGCCCCGAGUUGCCUGCCAUCUCUCCUCCUAAGGCAUGCCAUGUAGGGCUUUUGCCAUGCUUGUCAUUUGCCGUGAUUAUCGUGUACUCGACGUUUUUGAUGUUUGUCAUGGCUCUUGCGAGCUAUGUCACAUACAAAGAGCGCCGGUUCCGCAAACCAGAGCGGGUGCGCCUGCUGCAAGACCCUACGCUGAGCGAUGACGAAGAUGAAGGAGAGGUUGUGCGGCGCGCUGGGUAUAUGGAGAAGCCACAAGGGGUCUAUAAGCUCAACUCGGUCUUAUCGGCCUUGUUCCAUCGAAUUGGUGGUGUUUGUGCGCGGUUCCCAGCCAUCACAAUUUCAUCAAGCGUCGUUGUCGUGGCUCUCAUGAGCUUGGGCUGGCUACGCUUUGCCGUUGAAACGGACCCGGUACGCCUCUGGGUGAGUCCAUCCUCUGCGGCUGCCCAGGAGAAAGACUUUUUCGAUCAAAACUUCGGUCCAUUCUUCCGAGCGGAGCAGGUUUUCCUGGUAAACGAUCGCCCCUCAAAUGAUUCCCGUCCGCUCUUGGAUUAUGAAACCCUUGUCUGGUGGUUCGGAGUCGAGACGAGUGUGAGGCGAAUGAUCUCUCUUGACCGGGGUCUCAACCUACAUGAUGUCUGUUUCAAGCCUACCGGGGACGCCUGCGUUGUGCAGUCAAUCACCGGGUAUUUCGGGGGCGAUGUCUCAAAUCUUGACCCAGAUACUUGGAAAGACCGCUUGACGCAAUGUACCGAAUCCCCGGGUGACCCAAGCUGUCUCCCCGAUUUCUCGCAGCCACUCAAGCCCGAGAUGAUCCUAGGUGGCUACGAAGACACCGGCAAUGUGCUGGAUGCCAAGGCUCUCGUUGUGACUUGGGUAGUGAAUAACCAUGCCCAGGGAUCUGAAGAAGAGGACAAGGCCAUGGAAUGGGAGGACAGCUUCCAAAAUCUACUCAAGAAUGCCCAGGAGGAGGCUGCUCAGCGAGGCCUUCGUGUAUCAUUCAACUCCGAAGUCAGUUUGGAACAGGAACUGAACAAGUCUACAAACACAGACGCGAAGAUUAUUGUGAUCAGCUAUUUGAUCAUGUUCUUCUACGCCUCAAUUGCCUUGGGGUCGGCAACUGUUACCUGGAGAUCACUCCUUACCAACCCAUCCAAUGCGCUGGUGCAGUCCAAGUUCACCCUGGGAAUCGUGGGCAUUGUCAUCGUUCUGAUGUCUGUUUCCGCGUCCGUCGGAAUUUUCUCAGCCGCCGGUGUCAAAGUCACAUUGAUCAUUGCCGAGGUCAUUCCUUUCUUGGUUCUGGCCGUUGGAGUUGAUAACAUCUUCCUCAUAGUGCACGAGUUCGAGCGAGUCAAUAUUAGCCACCCCGAUGAGGAGAUUGAUGAGCGAGUUGCCAGAGCUGUCAGUCGAAUUGGCCCUAGUAUCUUUUUGUCUGCUUUGACAGAGACCGUGGCCUUUGCUCUUGGAGUGUUCGUUGGCAUGCCCGCAGUUAAGAACUUUGCUGCAUACGCCGCUGGUGCUGUCUUCAUCAACGCGAUUCUGCAAGUCACUAUGUUCAUAUCUGUGCUCGCUCUCAACCAACGACGAGUACAGAGCCUCCGUGCAGACUGUAUCCCUUGUCUUACUGUGCGCAAGGCGAAUUCAUUUGGCUUCCCCGACGAGCAAUAUGAUGACCAGGAAGCAGAGAGCACUCUUCAGUCCUUCAUCCGCCGCAUUUAUGCCCCUUUCCUUCUCGAUCGUCGUGUCAAAGCUGGUGUUAUCAUCUUCUUUUUGGGUCUUUUGACCGCCGGUAUAGCGUUCAUUUCAGAGGUCCCUCUCGGGUUGGAUCAACGUAUUGCGCUUCCGAGCGACUCGUAUCUGAUCCAAUACUUCAACGAUUUGGAUCAAUAUUUCGGUGCGGGUCCCCCGGUUUAUUUCGUGACCCGCCAUGUGAAUGUCACCGAGCGAGAACAUCAGCAACAGCUCUGCGGGCGAUUCACCACAUGCGAAGAGUACUCCCUGCCAUUCAUCCUUGAACAAGAAUCAAAGCGACCCGACGUCUCUUACCUUACAGGCUCUGCCGCCAGCUGGAUCGAUGAUUUCUUCUAUUGGCUGAAUCCACAGCAAGAUUGCUGCCGAGAAAACGGCAAGAUGUGCUUUGAGGACCGAGUCCCUGCAUGGAACAUCUCGCUUUCCGGAAUGCCAGAAGGAUCCGAGUUCAUCCACUACGUCAAGAAGUGGAUUGAUGCCCCUACCGAUGCCUCGUGUCCUCUGGGUGGAAAGGCCCCUUACAGCAAUGCUUUGGUCAUUGACGGGGCCCACAAAACAAUCAAUGCUAGCCAUUUCCGCACAAGCCACACACCUCUCCACAGUCAGGACGAUUUCAUCCAGUCCUAUAUCGCAGCUCGUCGCAUUGCUGACGAUAUCUCUCACGAGCACAACAUUGAUGUCUUCCCGUACUCCAAGUUCUACAUCUUCUUCGAUCAGUAUGUCUCUAUUGUUCGACUCACUGGCACUCUUCUUGGGUCGGCCGUUGCUAUCAUCUUCUUUCUCACUUCCGUGAUUUUGGGAUCGAUCGCCACUGGCGCUGUGGUCACCACCACUGUCGUCAUGAUCGUGGUUGACAUCAUUGGCACCAUGGCUAUUGCCGGUGUCUCGCUGAACGCCGUCUCUCUCGUCAAUUUGGUCAUUUGCGUUGGCAUCGGUGUCGAGUUCUGUGCUCACAUUGCUCGCGCCUUCAUGUUCCCCGCCCGCCCUACCAUGGAUAAGGUCCCUGCCCAAUUCCGUGGGAAGGACGCUCGAGCAUGGACGGCGUUGGUCAAUGUCGGUGGGAGUGUCUUCAGUGGCAUCACCGUCACCAAACUUCUCGGGGUUUGCGUUCUAGCAUUUACGCGCAGCAAGAUCUUUGAGAUUUACUACUUCCGGGUGUGGCUCGCCCUAGUGAUAUUUGCCGCAAUCCACGCUCUGAUCUUCUUGCCAGUAGCCCUCAGCUACUUCGGUGGGGGUGGCUACUUUGACCCUGCCUCUGACGGUGGCCUUGAGGCGAACCUUGCCUCGCGUGGCUACCGUGCCUCUUUGCUUCAUGAUGAUUACGAUUCCGACGAAUAUUAA